AGGCCCUGACCCGUCCCCACCAAAAACCCCACCCCGCACGCCGCACGCAGCUGCACGCUCCUCUCCCGCCGGUCACCGCCCGCUCCACCACCGCCUCCCAACCCUAUGGGCGAGCCCGAGCCGCACCUCCUCUCCUCCGCCCACACAACCGCCGGAACCACCUCCUCCCCCUUCACUCUCAACCACCCUGGCCUCAUGAACGAGCGCCCUGCCGCGUCCGAUCCCGGCCCGUCCUUCCCCAAGCGGCCUAGGGUUGCAGCGGAGCUGCAGUCGCCCGGCGUCUCGGCCCCGGGCCCCGAGGCGGAGGUCUCGGCGCUCGUCUCGAUGGCCGGAGGGCUGUACCCGCUGGCGCGGGCCGAGGCGCUUCGCGGCCUCGCCGCGGUCCUCGAGAAGGCGGACGCCAUCGGCGGCUGUGCUGGCGGAGGGAUUGUCGAGUGCUGCUAUGGCUGUGCGGUGGAGUCGAUGAUGGGAGAGGAUGACGGCGUCAGGCUGGCCGCCGUGCGAUUGGUAGGUUUGUGUGCGCAGAAGUUUGCUGUGAGAGUGGAUGUUGAUGGCGAUGGUGACCAAAUGGACCUGAUUUUCCUGCAGCUUAGCUCCAUGGCUAGGGACAUGUGUCCAAAAGUGAGAGUUGAAGCAUUUAGUGCUCUUGGUAAAAUGCACAGAGUUUCUGAGGGUGUUUUGCUUCAGUCACUGUCUAAGAAGGUCAUAAAAACUGACGCUUGCAGCGGUUCUAUUGUCAAAGGGAUAAAACUACCUCCUAAAUUAAAAAUUCCCUGUGCUGCUGGCAUUUUCGUGCAUGGGAUUGAAGAUGAGUUAUACCAGGUGCGAGCAGCUGCUUGUAAAUCACUGGGAGCACUUGCAAAGUUCUCAACUCAAUAUGCACAGAAGUCUGUGGACUUGUUGAUGGACAUGAUGAACGAUCAUACAGAAGCAGUUAGAUUGGAGACUUUGCAGGCACUACUUUAUAUGGCAACAUAUGGAUAUUUGAGUGUACAGGAACAGCACAUGCAUAUGUUUCUUGGCUUGUUGGUUGAUGCCAAUGCCUCGAUUCGAGAAGCAGCACGCAAGAUCCUAGGGUUAGUUAACCUGCCCAAACUUCAAAUGUUCAAGUCUGCAAUUGAUGGUCUUAUUGCAAGUUUGGAGAAAAAUCCAGAGGAACAAGAUAUAUAUGGUGUUUUGUUUUCCAUUGGCAAGAAUCAUGGGAGCUUUUCAGCGAAUAUAGCUAAACAUUUGGCCAAAGAGAUCAGUAUGGUAUCUGACGGAGAGCUUAUCUUGGACAAACCUAGGAUCAAAGCAUUGUUAAUAGUGUCUAUCUCGGCACCUUUUUCUGAUGAUAAGCACAAGAAGUUGGAUAUACCUUCGAUUAUCUUCUCACAUGCAAUUUCCCUAGUGGGGAAGGUCUCAUGUGCAUUAGAAGUGAUUAAUCAGGAUUCACUCUUAUCCUACUUGUGUCAUAAAGGUGGAAUGCCGUUUUGGGAAAACAGAUCAAUGUAUGCGGAGUCUGGAGAAUCUGAAGGCUGCAGUGUUGAAACUGUGGAAAAUUGUGCCCAUAUGGAAAAUACUGCAAAGGCUGCUAAGUGUUUGGAUGAAGUUCUGAUAAUGCAAUCCAUCAAAUCCAUACUGGAAACAGUUGAAGGAGCCUGGACUAUGAGAAUGUCGUGCAAUAUUGUUGAAGUUCGAACUGUUCUUAGAACACGCAGAGAAGAGCUAAAAAUAUUGGCUGAAAAUUCUUCCGGAUCAAGUGGUGCAUUAUUGAGCUUUCUAUGCGAGUAUCUUGAUGCAAUACAGUUCAUUGUUGAAUUGUGGCAGUUGAUUCAAUUGGAUAAUUCUUACGCUUUUGGCUUAACAUCACCUGAUAUUUUACUGGAUAAGUUAGAUAUAUCUGUAAGAAGGAUGGAAUGUUGUUAUGCUGGAUUAAAUAGAGAACUGGAGGUUCAAGUCUUGGAGCUUGCUUUGUUAGUUAAUCUAUUUAGAUUGUCGAAGGCAGGAAUAUGUUCAAAACUACUGCUGGAUAAGCUGCUUUGGGUAGUUAAUCGCUUAGAAGGCCUGUGUGCUGAUGGAUCCUGUGAGCUGUCUGACUUCAGCAGAGAAAUUAAGAAAGCCUUUGAUGGCAACUCUAUUGGGGAUGCUCUCAUCGACAACAUCUGCACUUCGCUUGAACUCUUCCGUCUAAAACCAACGACAGAUUUUGGAAUGCUUAAAAGAAUAUGUGCGGUAUUGCAAGUAUCUGAUAAUGAUUCUGAAAAUCCAUUAUCGUAUGUUUGUGGAUUACCCGUGGGUGUCAGAUUUCGCAUAUCUUUGUGGAACAUAUCUAGUCAUCAUAGAUUGUGGAUCCGCAUGAUUGUUGGCGAGUCCAUCCAACAUACCUUCUUAGAGUUAUCCUGUUUUGGAGGUAAUGAGGAGGUGAAGAGCUGCUCUAUGGUUGUUCCUCUGUAUGCUACCCCAAUGGCGUGUUCAUUUGUUCUGAGGGUAUGUCUGGUAAUGGAAUGCCCAGGUAUCAGCACCCACCAGGCAGGAGGACUAGGAGGACCGAGUGAUUGUGUGGUCCAACUCUCUGAUGAACUGGAUGUCUAUUUUGUUAGUACUGGCCAAAGGUGAUGAUUAAAACAAGUGAUCAUAUGCUCUCCAUGCUCAUCUUCAGUACGUGCUCGAGUGGUAGCACGGUAUGGAUAAUACACACUCUUUAACCAUGCAAAAUGUGGUUUAGAACAGCAGACUAGCAAUGGGUGUCUCGUGUGAUCUAUGGUAUUGCUCAAUGUUCGUUGUGGGUGGACGAGGCAAGUGGCUUGAAAGAACUGUCACCUCAUAGUGAUACCAGGAUAUCUGAGAAAAAAAAGGGUUCUGUUGCACUGAGAUUUUGUAUCGGUAGAAACUAGCAAGAGGUGCGGUGUGGAUCAAGGUUGCUGGGCAGCCAGAGGGAGGAGACGAGUAAUUUUCUUCAUGAAUCCAUUCGUCUGGACCGCGCGCAGGGAGGGAGGAAGCCGAUGACAAGCUGCUCGGAAAGCCGGCGUUCAAUUUUCUACCUGUCGCCUUCGUGGAAAGUUUAGUGGGCACUUAGCAUACUCUUGAUAUAUGAACCAAUGUACAUUGUUAGUUCAUCCUAAUUGUUAGUUUGUGCGGUUCGUUA